AUGCUGAUGCUUGUUUCUCGGAGUCAGUCCCAAACUAAAGACGAAGUCCGAGAUUAUUUAAAAGCGAUUUUCACUAUAGCGCUUAGUAAACGUGCCGGAAAUUUGCCUUCAGGACGUCCAUCACCAUGUCAAAUUUCCAAAGACUUUUUGAGGAAUUCGAUCACAGAUAUGGACGAAAGCUUUGAUAAGGACGGCAAUGACGAUAAUUAUGAUUUAACGGGUAAUGCUGAUCAAGAUAUUGAGGAAGAUACUACUGAAGAAAAUUCGUGUUCUCAAUGGGGAAGAGACAUUCUUGAAGAAGUUAAAAGUAACUUAGAUGAUAACGGAAAAGAAGAAAAUGCACAUCACAAUGAAAAACUAGUGACUAAAAUACUAGACGAUAUAAAAAGGAUUCCACUGUGGUCGUGUAUUUGUUAUGAUAAAUUUUCCACUGGUGGACGGAUUCCAGCUUCCAGUGCGUCAGUAGAGGGUGAAGUAGGUCGCUUAAAGCGAGGUCUUUUUAAAGACACAAAUGGUGUAAGAGUAGAUGUUGCCGUUGAAAAACAUAUUAGAUAUCUUCAAGGUCGAAUAAGUAUUGUUGAUGCAAAUAUUGAAGAAUUUCUGUCAAAAUCGAGUGACGAAUCCCUUGAAGAUAGAGAUUCUUCAACCCUUAAUAACACUAGUAAUACUAAUGAAAAAUCUACUGAAACUGCUAAUGUCAUUGUUAAUGAAAAAUCUACUGAAACCACUAAUGUCAUUGUUAAUGAAAAAUCUAUUGAAACCACUGACGUCAGUACUAAUGAAAAAUCUAUUGAAACCACUGACGUCAGUGCUAAUGAAAAAUCUAUUGAAACCACUGAUAUCAGCGUUAAUAACAAAUCUAUUGAAACCACUGAUAUCAGCGUCAAUGACAAAUCUAUUGAAACCACUGAUAACAGCGUUAAUGAAAAAUCUAUUGAAACCACUGAUGUCAGUGUUGAUAAUGAUGAUGAUUAUGCUGGUAACGUCGUUCAAGGUGAAAAAAGCCGAUUAUCACCUGCUAAUGAUGCGAUAAAAUCCAAAAGUAACUGUGUACGCUGUGCAAAGACUCUGCAAGAUAGUGAUUCUUUUUUGGUAGAUGAAUCUGAUGAUGCGUACUCAAAACAUCGGCUUUGUUCUCAGUGUAAUAAACUUGGGUCACUCGAUACUAAAGAAAUGUUAGGAAAACGAGAGUUCGAAAAUUGGAGAGGACAAGGUCAGCCCCCGAAAAAGAAGAAUUCUCGUUCUCUUUAUAUUGGUACAAAAUCUAAAAACGUCAAAGAAAUGUUAGAACAUAAAAAAUGUAAGGGCUUGCCGAUCUUAAAACGUGGCGACUCCAAGGACUUGAAAGCGAUAAAGAUUAACAAUCGAUGGAUUAGUUUGUACAACACAUGUCCAUUCGAUAGUUUAUUUCAAUUGAUGCUAGUUGCGGCGUGUGAUUUUCCUGUUAUCAACACAAAAAUAGCUACAGAAAAAAAUAACAGCCUAUACGAAGCAGUUCAUGACGCUCUACAAAAAACUAUUUCGACCAAAACCUACCGAACGCGUGCAAAAAUAUUGUUAACACAUUUUAAAGUGUUGAAGUCCGUCAACAAUGUAGACUUCGUUACGUGUGAAACUUCAGUUGGAAGUUUUGCAGCGAAGCUGUUCAAUAAUCAGUCAAGUUACGAGGAAACUCUAGAUUGUCCUCGAGGUUGUGCGUCUCGGACUAUUUCACUUCCAGUGAUAAGCAUUAAAGAUGAUUCAUUAAAUAAACUGGAAAAUGUGUUUGCAGACAACAUACAAAAAAGUUAUCGGUGCAACGGAGAUAAAUGUAAUCGGAAAACAACCAAAAAUAGUAUAAUAAUAGUAGCUGGAGGUUACGCCAGUGCAGCUAGAAGUGAAGUUUUCCCUACAAAAGAGUGUGCUAUCAUCAUUGAAGCUUUGGAUGGUGCAACAAUCAAAGACUACAUCAACGCAAUUGGCAAGAGAACACCAGUUUCAAAUAUCAGAUUUAUUUCGAAAAUCUCAAAUGGCAGAAUUUGUGCAUAUUUAGUAUCUCAAGAAAAAGCUGAAGAAUUAAUCACAAUACACAAAACAAUUCAGAGCGGUGCAACAGUUAUGAGACGUCUUGAAGAGUUGCGGAAGGAAUAUGUACGUCCUACCGAUGGCAAAAAAAUGAAACUUGUUGGGUUAGUUCAUUUUUAUCCACCUACACUUAGUAGAGAAGGCAUUGAAACCAGGAAAAAAACGAAAUCGAAAAAUCAAGACUAA